AUGUCCCUCCUUUCGCCUGAAAUUCAUGCGGAGCUGAGCCAGCUUUUGCAAGCCUUACAGUCACCUGAAAAUGGCAUUCGCUCCCAGGCGGAGGAGCACCUUCAAAAUAACUGGACGAACACCAGACCCGAAGUCCUUCUAAUGGGCCUUGCUGAACAGAUCCAGGGGGCCGAAGACACCACGACGCGAACCUUUGCUUCCGUUAUCUUCCGUCGAAUUGCCUCCAAAUCAGUCAAACCAGAUGGCGGAAACACCAUCGAUCUGUUCAUGUCUCUCGGCAACGACCAUGCAAUUGCCAUCCGCCAAAAACUCCUCGAGACACUCGGCUCUGAAGCCGACAAAAACGUUCGCAAUAAAAUUAGCUAUGCUGUCGCAGAGGUGGCUAGACAGUACACUGAGAAUUCAAGCAACUGGCCCGAGCUGCUGGUCGCCCUCUUUCAGUUGAGCCAAGCCCCCGAGGCCGAGAAGCGGGAAACGGCUUUCCGUGUAUUCGCCACGACGCCGGCCAUUAUUGAGCAGCAACAUGCUGGCGUGAUUGUUGAGGCCUUCCAAAAGGGCUUCAGCGACGAUGCUGUCCUUGUCCGGCUAGCCGCAAUGGAAGCCUUUGCUGCAUUCUUUAGGACGCUCGGGAAGAAGGAGUUCUCGAAAUACUACGAUUUGCUACCAUCCGUUCUCAACAUCCUUCCUCCAAUCAAAGACUCUCAAGAUUCGGACCACCUCAGACAGGCUCUCAUUGCUCUCAUGGAACUUGCGGAGACAGCACCCAAAAUGUUUAAGCCCCUUUUCUCAAACCUCGUGCAGUUCAGCAUAUCCGUUAUUCAGGAAAAAGAAUUAGACGAUGUUUGCAGGCAGAGCGCACUCGAGCUUAUGACGACAUUUGCCGACUUCGCACCAUCCAUGUGCCGAAAGGACUCUUCUUACACGAAUGAUAUGAUCACUCAAUGUUUGAGUCUCAUGACUGAUCUGGGCGAGGACGACGAUAAUGCUGCAGAAUGGUUAGAGUCUGACGAUCUCGACCAGGACGAGAACGACCAGAACCACGUAGCCGGCGAGCAAACUAUGGAUCGUCUGGCCACCAAGCUUGGUGGGCAAACCAUACUUGCACCCACUUUCAAUUGGCUUCCCCGCAUGAUGAGUUCGAUGGCCUGGAGGGAUAGACAUGCAGCCCUUAUGGCAAUCUCGGCCAUUUCUGAAGGUUGUCGCAGUCUGAUGAUCGGGGAGCUUAGCCAGGUUCUUGACCUGGUUAUUCCUGCCCUCCAGGAUCCCCAUCCUCGUGUGCGAUGGGCUGGCUGCAAUGCUCUUGGCCAAAUGAGCACCGACUUUGCACCUACAAUGCAAACCGACUACUACGACCGUGUCCUCAAGGCAAUCAUCCCAGUGCUUGGGUCUCCUGAAGGCCGAGUCAAGUCGCAUGCCGCUGCUGCCCUGGUCAACUUUUGUGAGGAAGCAGAAAAGACCGUUUUGGAGCCAUACCUUGACGAGCUUCUCUCACAUCUCUUCCAGCUUCUGUCUAGCGACAAGAGAUAUGUACAAGAGCAAGCUCUAUCCACUAUUGCGACAAUUGCAGAUGCAGCCGAGGCAGCAUUCUCAAAGUAUUACGAUACUUUGAUGCCUCUGCUGUUGAAUGUGCUUCAGCAGCCUGGCGAGAAGGAGAACAGGCUGUUGCGCGCAAAGGCUAUGGAAUGUGCCACCUUGAUCGCCUUGGCUGUCGGCAAAGAGAGACUUGGCCAGAAUGACACAAUGACUCUCGUGACUAUUUUGGCCAAUAUUCAGGCCAGUGUCACGGAGCCUGAUGACCCCCAGGGACAGUACCUAAUGCACUGCUGGGGCCGAAUGUGCCGCGUACUUGGUUCUGAUUUCCUUCCAUUCCUUGACACGGUUAUUCCUCCUCUGCUAAAGCUGGCAACUGCCAAGGCCGAUAUUCAGUUGCUGGAUGACGACGAACAGGUGGACCAGAUUCAAUCCGAGGAAGGCUGGGAGCUUGUUCCUCUGAAGGGCAAGAUGAUCGGAAUCCGCACAAGCACCAUGGAGGAUAAGCACAUGGCUAUCGAACUCCUUGUUCUCUACGCCUCAGUUCUUGAGGGUGCCUUUGCACCUUACGUUGCUAACUUGAUGGAAAAGGUUGCCCUGCCUGGUCUUGCUUUCUACUUCCACGAUCAAGUCCGAUAUACCUCCGCCAAAUUGGUACCCCAGCUUCUGAGUUCAUACAAGAAGGCCUACGGCUGCCCCUCGAAUGAGCUCGCCGGUUUAUGGUCGGCAACUGUAGAGAAGGUCCUCGAAGUUCUUCCUGCAGAGCCCGCCAUCGACACUCUUGCAGAGAUGUAUCAGUGUUUCUACGAGUCCGUCGAGGUCCUAGGGAAGGACUGCCUGACUCCCAACCACAUGACUCAGUUCAUUGAUUCGGCAAACUCAGCUCUUGAGGACUACAAGGACCGAGUCAACCAGCGGGCAGCUGAUAAGGAGGGCGCCACGGCUGACGAUGUCGAAGAUGAGGCUGACGAACUUUUGAUUGCCAUCGAAGACGAUCAAACUCUGCUCUCAGACAUGAACAAGGCGUAUCACUCCAUCUUCAAGCACCACGGUGCUGCCUUCCUACCAGCUUGGGGUAAGCUCAUGACAACGUAUGAGGGUUUCCUCAACUCCUCCGACCCUACACAGCAACAAUGGGCUAUUUGCAUAAUGGAUGAUGUGCUCGAGUACUGUGGCCCGGAGAGUGUACGAUAUGCAAACUACAUCAGCAAACCCUUGCUUGAGGGCUGCCAAAAUGCGUCACCAGCUAUUCGACAAGCCGCAGCCUACGGCAUCGGCAUGGCUGCCCACAAGGGAGGGGCUUCUUGGUCCCAGUUUGUGGGCGGAUCGGUGCCGUUCCUAUUCCAGGCCACCCAAGUUCCCAAUGCUAGAGACGAAGACAACGUCUACGCCACAGAGAAUGCUUGUGCAGCUAUUGCCAAGAUUCUCCAUUUCAAUGCAGGAAAUGUCGCCGAUGUUCAGUCUGUGACGACGCAGUGGGUGGAGACACUACCUGUGGUCAAUGACGAGGAGGCAGCUCCCUACGCAUACCUUUACCUCGUAGAACUGAUCAACCAGCAACACCCAGCUGUUUUCGGUCAGGCUCCAAAGAUAUUCGAAUUUAUUGCCAAGGCCCUUGAAGGCGAGGCGUUACAAGGUCAAACAGCCAGCCGCGUGGCCGUAGCCACCAAGGCCUUGCUCGCGGCUACUAAUGUGGACCCUACCCCAUUGCUGCAGAACUUUUCACCGGAAGCUCAACAAACAAUCAUGGGGUACUUCUCAUAG